CGUGACGGGCGAGAUUUGGAGGCGGGGGAUGGAUGGGUGGAGCUAGAAGGCGAGGGAGGUGGGGGCGGAACGGGGUGCGAGCUAGUAACUUGUUCUGUAGACAAGAGACGAGACUGGGAAAAGCGAGCAAGCACGAUGAGACGCUGGACUCUUGGAACAGGUCGUACUGCGAGCAUUGUCGACGUCAAAUACGAAGUGGAGCGACGAACACGACAGCUGAAUGCGCUAGAAAUCUAA